AUGAAAAAGCGUGAUAAGAAUUCUCAACUCGAGAUGUUAGAAGGUGCAAAAUCAAUGGGUGUCAGAGCUGCUACAAGUGUUUCAGCGGGAGCUGCUGUUGGUAUUGGAAACGUCCUUAGUUCCUCGAUUCAUUCCGUGGUGCAAAAUUCAUCAUUGGCUAAACAAUCAUUUGGUUAUGCCAUUUUGGGCUUUGCUCUAACCAAAGCUAUCGCAUUGUUUGCCCCAAUAAUGGCCUUUUUGAUCUCAUCUGUAUUCCGAUCGAAGGACUGGUCCGAUCCCAGUCAACAACCCAAUUAUCGAGCCCAUGGUCCAUGGAAGCCAAGUGCGGAAGCUAAUCAACGCAUUGCAAGAAUCUCAGCUCAUCUCCAUCCUUCAAAUGUCCAGAUGGAGGAAAGUUCCAUUUUAGGAAGAACCAAUUGUAGAGCAAAAGGAGGGGCACCUGGAUUCAAAGUUGCCAUAUUGGGUGCUGCUGGAGGUAUUGGCCAGCCUCUUGCAAUGUUGAUGAAGAUGAAUCCACUGGUUUCUGUUCUUCAUCUCUAUGAUGUUGUUAAUGCACCUGGUGUGACAGCUGAUAUUAGUCACAUGGACACUGGUGCUGUGGUACGAGGUUUUCUAGGGCAGCCUCAGCUUGAAAGUGCUCUGGCAGGAAUGGACCUUGUAAUCAUACCGGCUGGUGUUCCAAGGAAGCCAGGAAUGACAAGGGAUGACCUUUUCAACAUCAAUGCUGGAAUUGUCAAGACACUGUGUGAAGGAAUCGCAAAAUGCUGCCCUAAUGCGAUUGUGAACCUUAUUAGCAAUCCGGUGAACUCUACAGUCCCAAUUGCAGCUGAAGUUUUCAAGAAAGCUGGCACUUAUGAUCCAAAGAGGCUUUUGGGAGUCACAAUGCUUGACGUUGUUAGAGCUAAUACUUUUGUGGCAGAAGUUCUGGGGCUUGAUCCUAGAGAAGUUGAUGUUCCGGUUGUUGGAGGUCAUUCAGGAGUGACAAUUUUGCCUCUGCUCUCACAGGUUAAGCCUCCUUGCAGCUUCACACCAGAAGAAACGGAAUACCUUACAAAACGCAUUCAAGAUGGUGGAACAGAAGUCGUUCAGGCAAAAGCUGGGGCUGGCUCUGCAACACUAUCAAUGGCGUAUGCAGCAGUUAAAUUUGCGGAUACAUGCCUCCGUGGCUUGAGAGGAGAUGCUGGCAUUGUGGAAUGUGCUUUCGUAGCUUCUCAGGUCACAGAACUCCCUUUCUUUGCAUCCAAGGUAAGACUUGGCCGUACUGGAGCUGAGGAAGUCUACCAACUUGGGCCCAUGAAUGAGUAUGAGAGGGUUGGAUUGGAGAAAGCAAAGAACGAGUUAGCAGAAAGCAUUCAGAAGGGAAUUUCCUUUAUCAAGAAAUAG